AUGAAACUUUACGUUACCCUCCUUGUUCUUGUCGUUUUUGUUGCCUCGUUUGUAAGCUCCACACCGGUGAGGCAGAAGAGACAAUGGGGUUAUGGUCCUCCAGGAUAUGGUGGUGGUUUCGCCUAUGGUUAUAGACCGUGGGGAGGUGGCUACGGGCUCAACAAUGCCCGAGUCAAGAGGCAAUGGGGAGGACCAUGGGGUGGUUAUGGAAUGAAUGGAAUGGGUGGAAUGGGUGGUGGUUAUGGAAUGAAUUAUCCCGGCUAUGGAGGUGGAUGGGGUUGGCGUCCAAGACCAUACGUUCAACGAACUGUUGUUGUACAUCAUUAUCAUCCAUGGAGAUCAUGA